AUGAUAUUGAUGGUGAAAUCGAUCCUGAGAUUUCUUGUGGAAAAGUCUUUUAUCAAAAAAGCGGAAUCAUUGCGAAAGAAGAUCCUAAAACGGGUGCUGCGACAGGUUCUGGUGGUGAAAUUCGUGAUGAAGGUGCAACAGGCCGUGGUGGUAAACCAAAAGCAGCCUUGGGAAGAAAACUACGGUAAACCAUCUCGUAUGGCAUCACCACUUCAGAUCAUGAUUGAUGGUCCUUUAGGUGGUGCAGCAUUUAACAACGAGUUUGGUCGUCCUGCGUUAAAUGGUUACUUCCGUACUUUUGAGCAAAAUGUUAAUGGUGAAGUAAAAGGUUUCCAUAAACCGAUUAUGAUUGCGGGUGGUUACGGGAAUAUCCGUCCUGACCAUGUUGAAAAAGAUGCAAUUCAGCCAGGUGAUUUACUGAUUGUAUUGGGUGGUCCUGCGAUGCUCAUUGGUUUGGGCGGUGGUGCAGCUUCUUCUGUAGAUAGCGGUAAAUUGGGUGAAAACCUAGAUUUUGCUUCUGUACAACGUGAAAACCCAGAAAUGGAGCGUCGUUGUCAGGAAGUGAUUGAUGCAUGUUGGAGAAUGGAAGACUUUAACCCGAUCGUAUCUGUACAUGAUGUGGGGGCGGGUGGUGUUUCCAAUGCAAUGCCUGAACUUGUGAAUGAUCACGAAUUGGGUGCAACUCUUGAUCUUCGUAAAAUCCCAUCGCUUGAACCUGGCAUGUCGCCAAUGGAAAUCUGGUCAAAUGAAGCGCAAGAACGUUAUGUACUUGCCAUCAAACCAGAAUCAUUAGAGUUAUUUGAAUCGAUUUGUGCACGUGAACGUUGCCCAUUUGCUGUAUUGGGUGAAGCGACUGAAGCACGUCAAUUGACUGUAAACGAUCCAUUGUUUGAAAACAAAGCAGUGGAUAUGCCAAUGCAAGUCAUGCUUGGUGGUACGCCACGUAUGAGUCGUACAUACGAAACGAUUCAACGUAAAGGUGAUGAGUUUGAUGCAUCUAAAGUUGAUUUAAAAGAUGCGAUCUUCCGUGUAUUGAAAAACCCGACAGUGGCUUCAAAAUCAUUCCUAAUCACCAUUGGUGACCGUUCAAUCACGGGUAUGGUAUCGCGUGAUCAGAUGGUGGGCCGCUGGCAAGUGCCAGUUGCGGAUGCUGCGGUAACCACAACAAGCUUACAAGGCUAUACCGGUGAAGCAAUGGCAAUGGGUGAGCGUCCUCCUGUUGCAUUGUUAAAUCCUGCUGCUUCGGCACGUUUGGCCGUGGCUGAGUCCAUCACCAAUAUCAUGUGUGCCAAUAUUGAACAGAUCAGUGAUAUUAAACUGUCUGCUAACUGGAUGGCGGCCGCAGGUCAAAAAGGUGAAGAUCAAGCAUUAUUCGAAGGUGUAAAAGCCAUCGGUAUGGAAAUGUGUCCAGCAUUGGGUAUUGCAAUUCCAGUGGGUAAAGACUCAUUGUCAAUGCGUACAACUUGGAAUGACGAAGGCGAAGAUAAAUCUGUGACUUCACCAAUGUCUGGUGUCAUCACUGCAUUUGCACCUGUGUUGGAUGUUCGUAAAACAUUGACACCUGAAUUGAAAAAUGAAGAUUCAGUUCUGGUACGUAUUGAUUUAUCUAAAGGUCAGUUCCGUUUAGGCGGUUCGAUCCUUGCACAAGUGUAUAAGGCAAUUGGUUCUGUUACACCUGAUGUUGAUAACUUUGAUGAGUUCAAAGCGUUCUUUGCAUUGGUUCAAGAUUGGAAUAAUCGCGGUCGUGUAGAUUUAGACGACUUUGAAGGGCUGGUUGCUUGUGGUGGUUUCUCUUAUGGCGAUGUUUUAGGUGCUGGUGGUGGUUGGGCCAACUUGCACCACUUAUUCCAGGUGCAGACAACUGGCCACGUUUCCGCCGUAAUACUUCAGAAGUAUUUGAAGCACGUGUUGUGA